AUGGCCAAGGUUCAUCCUCUCUUAACAAGCAAUAGUAGUGAUCGUGAUGAUGCUUCAUGUUCUAAUAAUAGGUAUAUGACAUCAAAGAGAGAAACAUUCACUAUAUGGAUGAAAUCUCUUGUGAUGCAAGGAAACGGAUGCACCACUUUUGAUGAAAAUGGUGAAGUCGUUUAUCGCAUAGAUAACUACGACAACAAGCACAGCAACGAAGUUUAUCUCAUGGAUCUUCGUGGCAAGCUUCUCUUCACUGUUUGUGAGAAGAAAGUUUUCAGUUUCCGAAGAUGGGAGGGCUACAGAAGCAACAAUAUUGGUGCCAAUAAGCCAUUGUUUCGAGUGAAAAAAAGUUUUAGAUCAAUUCUUGGAAAUAAGGAGUCUUCAUACAAAGUAACGAUGAGAUCUGAUAGCAAUUGCUACAGGUUAGAGCGUUUGAAUGGCAAAUCAACAGCUUUCAGAAUUAUGGAUAACAAUGGAAGAGUUGUAGCAGAGGCUAAGAGAAAGCAGUCAAGUUCAGGAGUAGUUUUUGGAGAUGAUGUCCUUACAUUGGUAGUGGAGCCUCAUGUGGAUCAUUCCUUUAUCAUGGCUCUUGUCACUGUUUAUGGCUUGAUAAGAAAUCAACUAUGA